GGCAACGACGCCUGCGCAGUGUGACCGGGAUGGCGUAUUUUCUUGCACCGAGUAAUGCGGUGUCGCUGGCGGCUGAGAAGGGUGGAGAGUUCCGUGGUGAAGUAGGGGGAGGGAUCUAUGUAGGCGUUCGGAGGAGCCGUGGUCUGAACUAUAAAGUAGGAAGUUGAUGCUGGGUACUGCUACUCCCGGACCGGCAGCGUGAAAGUUGUGAUAUCACCGUUGAACCAGCGUUAGAAGGCACUUUCCGUUAGUUCAUUCAAUCCUUCACAUAUUUAUUGAGCGCCUACCAUGUGGAAAAACGAAACAGCCCCUGCCUUCGUGGACCUAAGCCUAGUGAGACAGACAGAUAUUAAAAUGGACACACAAUUGAAUGUGAAGUUAAUAGCAGUGAUCAGCUUUGAAAUUCAAAAACGAUGGAGAAGACUCAGGAAACAGUGCAAAGAAUUCUUCUAGAACCCUAUAAGUAUUUACUUCAGUUACCAGGUAAACAAGUGAGAACCAAACUUUCACAGGCAUUUAAUCAUUGGCUCAAAGUUCCAGAAGAUAAGCUGCAGAUUAUCAUUGAAGUGACGGAGAUGUUGCAUAAUGCCAGUUUGCUCAUCGACGAUAUCGAAGACAACUCAAAACUCCGACGUGGCUUUCCUGUGGCACACAGUAUCUAUGGGAUUCCGUCCGUCAUCAAUUCUGCCAAUUACGUGUAUUUUCUUGGCCUAGAGAAAGUCUUAACCCUUGAUCACCCCGAUGCGGUAAAGCUUUUUACCCACCAGCUUCUGGAACUCCACCAGGGACAAGGCCUAGAUAUCUAUUGGAGGGAUAAUUACACUUGUCCCACCGAAGAAGAAUAUAAGGCUAUGGUGCUACAAAAGACAGGUGGGCUGUUUGGAUUAGCAGUGGGUCUCAUGCAGUUGUUCUCUGAUUACAAAGAAGAUCUAAAGCCACUACUUAAUACACUCGGGCUCUUUUUCCAAAUUAGGGAUGAUUAUGCUAAUCUGCACUCCAAAGAAUAUAGUGAAAACAAAAGCUUUUGUGAAGAUCUAACAGAGGGAAAGUUCUCCUUCCCUACUAUUCAUGCCAUCUGGUCAAGGCCUGAAAGCACCCAGGUGCAGAGUAUCUUGCGCCAGAGAACCGAAAAUAUAGAUAUUAAAAAAUACUGUGUACAUUAUCUUGAGAAUGUAGGUUCUUUUGAAUACACUCGGAGUACUCUUAAAGAGCUUGAAUCUAAAGCCUAUAAACAAAUUGAUGCACGUGGUGGGAACCCUGAGCUUGUAGCUCUAAUAAAGCACUUAAGCAAAAUGUUCAAAGAAGAGAAUGAAUAAUAUUAAGUCAUUCUUGAUUAGGCCUGGGAGCUUAUUUUAGUUGACUUUUUUGUUUUUUGUGUUUUUUUUUUGUCUUUUAGCCUAUCACUUUUUUAAAAAUUAGGACCGAGCUGUUAGUCUCCUCAAGCUGAGUGAAUUGGGGUGAUGUGAGUGAGAUUGUUUCAAUUUAGAACCCCUUUGUACAGAUAAUCAUCAUAGUACAAAGUUGAUGGAAUCAAAAGGAGCCACAUUUAAAUAGGUCUAAUAUGAAUGUCAGAAUGUGCUGUGUUGGGACCUUAUGGACAACUGCCACAAAUGUUCUGCUAAUUCUAUCAAUAAAGAAGACUUCAGCUUCCGGGAAUUCUUAUCCA